CCAACUUCAAAAAUGUGACACAUGGCCUCUCCAGCAAAAGGACCGGGAGCAGGUUCUGGGCUGGUGCAAGAGCCCCACAGGACACAAAGGGGAUGAAGAUGAGAGGAACGUGGCUGGCUCUGCCCGUUGGACACCUGCUGGCUCUGGGGCACAGGCACAAAUGGAGAAACAUGACAGAUUUCAGCAAGUUGAGGCUGUUUGUGUGCCUGGUGGGGCUCAGCACUGCCAGCUUCUGGGUUUUCUACAGCUGGGCCGAGCUGUGUGUGCUCUGUGAGCGCAGCCAGGAUUUCCUGCUCCCCACGGAGACUUUCAGGAGGAUCCAAGGGAACUUCUCGCAACUCCCGGACGUUGACUGCCACCAGAACCCUCCUUUCCUCGUCCUGCUGGUGGCAUCCUCGUUCUGGCAGGUGGAUGCCAGGAUGGCCAUCCGGCACACGUGGGGCAGGGAGAGGAUGGUGGCUGGGAAGCGCCUGGUGACRUUUUUCCUGCUGGGAAGCGCUGGGGAUGCUGGCCAGCAGGCUGACAUCGCCGCGGAGAGCCAGAGGCACCGCGACAUCAUCCAGAAGAACUUCACCGACACCUACUACAACCUGACCCUCAAGACCAUGAUGGGCAUCGAGUGGAUCCACAGGUUCUGCUCCCAGUCCAGCUUUGUGAUGAAAACCGACACUGAUGUGUUCGUCAAUGUUUUUUACCUCACYGAGCUGCUGCUGAGGAAAAAAAGGACCACGGGGUUCUUCACAGGCUUCUUAAAACUGCACGAGUACCCCAUAAGGAGAAGGGGGAGUAAGUGGUACGUGAGCAGGGAGGAGUAUCCGGGAAAGACCUACCCACCCUUUUGUUCUGGGACUGGAUAUGUUUUAUCCAGUGAUGUAGCCAGCCGGAUCUAUAACAUUUCCGAGAGCGUUUCGUUCAUUAAACUGGAGGAUGUGUUCAUCGGACUGUGCCUUGCCAAAUUGAAAAUUGGGCUGGAGGAGCUGCACUCKGAGCAGACGUUUUUCCCGGAAAGGAUCAGGUUCUCUGUCCCUCGCUUUAAGAAAAUCGUGAUGUGCCAUGAGAUAAAACCAUCCGAGCAGCUGAGCUACUGGAACCGCUUGGAGGCAGAAAAUAAUGGAGGAGUGCUCUAGAACCUUCCAGCUAACAAAC